UGAGUUGCCCCCAUGCUAGUUCAUGGUCAUUAAUAUUGUCACUAUAGGCACGAAAGCGUCGAUAAGUAUAUUUAAAAAUAUUGGUUUUGAAAAAUAUAAAAACAUUUAGGCGUGCAACCUGAGAGGCAGCAGUAAUGAAAACGACGAAGAGGAGGGGAAUGAAACUUUAGAGAAUGACAAGGAAGAAAUUAAGGUUAAAAACAGCAGGAAAACGAAAAUGGGCUACUCAUAUACUUUGGGGAUAAUACGGAACACAAUAAUACCCAGCAAAAUUCUGUACAAAAGUAUUAUUAAAAACAAAAUCACAUCUCUUAGUGGAAAUAAAAAUAAGACGCAUAAUGAUAUAAUGGAGAACAGGAGCAAAAGGAGUGAAUCUCUUUUAAAGAAAUAUGGGCGUUUGAUACCACUACAAUAUGGUAACAUGGGCGACGAUGCGUUGAAAAUGUGAAACGGGUAUGAUAGUAGUAAAAAUAACAUAACUUUGAAUAUUGUUAAUUUAAACUGUAGAUGGUAGUCGUACGGCGUAAAAAACUUCCAACACCGUCGUCGAGAAAAGUAAACAGUACAACAACCGACUAUAGUGCAAUCACCUACUCGUGCAUCACGAGUCACAAUUGUUAUAAACAAAAAAAAAAAAAACAACAACAAUGGAAACAAUCACUGAUACCAGAGAACAACAUAAACAAAAGUAAUCACCAAGCAUAUUCUAACACUGCCACAUACACAUCUCAACACUUGUAAAUAUCGCAAAAGCACUGAUGUCGUCAAAAAUAGAUUUUGGACUCGCAAUUUACGGACAUUGUGCGAAAAAGCACCUCACACUCAUUGAAACCCCUUACCACAUAGCGGCAAGAAGAAGCAUUCGCGCAUUCCCCACCUCACCAACCAAAGUAGUACUAACUGAAGCAGGUCUCCCAAACAUUCAUCAUAGAACAAAAUUCAACACAAUAGUGCUCAUACCAAAGUUCAUGCAGUGUAAAAACUCGAUCUUGUUUAAUCCACUGAAAACAAAUCCUAAACACAACAAGCCAUCUACUAUCAUAAAUUGCUUGAAUAUUAUCAAUCAGUUUCAUAUGAACACUCACCCGCAUUGGCUAACGCUGAAAUCGUCCAUAAUAAGUACGUUAUUCGAAUUUCAAAAAAACAACCACCAAUGCAGAGCAAUAUAUCCAGCUAUUCAAUGACGCAGAGUAAAGUAUAAACCGGAGUGGAAAUUAUUAUGCACCGACGGAUCCAAAUCAGACACCCACACUUCGUUUGCGGUAACAAACGACCAAGGUGUCACCAUAACCGUCGGAAUUUUACCAACGUACUGCUCGAUAUUCACAGCUGAAGCGACUACGAUAUAUGAAGCGGUUCUAUUUGUCCACAAACAGGAAAAAAUUAUAUCAUAUGUACGGAUAGCAAAUCGACAAUUAACGCUAUUUUGAAUGAGACAAACUCAGUGCUGAUCAACAAUAUAAAAGAAAUUUUGUAGCAACACAAAAAUAGAAUUAAGAUUAUGUGGAUCCCUGAGCAUAUUGGUAUUAGAGGAAACCAACUUGCAGAUGGCCGUGCAAAAAAGGCUGGAAAAGAACCACUACUUUCAUUCGAUCAUUGUACGCUGAAAGACACUCGCAACAUAGUAAAAAAAGUUGUCCACGAGUCAGCAUCGAUAGAUUGGUCAAAUUUUCAACAUCAUUACAAGGAACAUAAUCUCUCUGCUAACAAGCCAAACUACCCAACUGAUUACUCCUGCGAAGAUAAUGAAAACGUUUGUUCGCCUGAGAAUAGGCCACACUUUCAAAACUUACAGUCAUCUUUUAAACGAAACGGCUAAAUCAGCCAAAUAUAUCAAUGAAUGCACCGCUUUAAAUACAUCUAGGACAAAUACAUUUGGUAAAGCGAAACCAUCAAAUCUUUUAAAGACAUUAAAUUCUGGCAACAUCAGGGCAAUCAACAAUUUCCUAAAAAUAUAUACAGCACAGGCUUUUACCAGUAAAUACAUGAUGAACUCAUUGCUUUUGAACUAGGCAAUAAAAAUAAUAUUUAUGUAAUGUAAUGAAGCAUUUCAAGCAUCAAAACCGUCUGUUAUGCUGAGAGAACGAAAUGUUUUUUUGUGUAUUUUCGCUCUGCUGCUAUACAACUUCAACAAUUGCAUUUCUGUAAAUAAUAUCACUCGCAUCUUCGGUGAUUUCAAGUGCACUUGCGUAGCAGUCUACUAUCCACUUAUGCUGACGACAUAACAUACAUUACAUACUUAUGUAAUGAAAUAGGGCGAUGUACCCGGGAGUGCACAAUAAAAUGCUGAUGAGUAUUUUUAAAUACAAGUAACUGCAGAAAACGGCUACAGAAGGCAAGGAAAUGGCAUUAAUGCCUCCAUACAACGGCAAACUAGACAGCACUCAGGGCAUUCCACUAGGACUUCCAGUAUGGAUAGAAGCUUAAACACCGUGGUUGUGAGCUAUGCUCCCGAGUUCAAUGACGACUCAGCAAGCUUGUCGGAACUAGACGAAGAGAAAGAAAUAGGUGAAUUCUUAGAAGGGGCCCGUUUUAAUUUGGCUACGCGAGUUAUGUGGAAUGGUAUUGAACUUAUUAUUGCCAAUGAUAAGAGUAAGCCAUCUUCUGUUAAGAUGGUGUCUAAAGACUUAUCACAACAACAGGAAAAGCAACAUGUUCCACAGCAAUUAUAUAGCGAGCUAAGCCAAUCUUCUUUCCGUCCUAUGACUUUAACGCCAAGUACUUUAAAGAAUAAAAUAAUACUUGCAAUGCCAACACAAAGUGCAAAUCAGGAAAAUUUUUAUUUGCCAGCUGAUUUUAAUCAGUUUGUGACGAAAACCUGCCUAACGACUUAUACUUACCGCACAACAUAUCUUCAAAAUGGGUCUACAACUGUUGAAAGCCGGGAGCAAGUUAUAUCUAAUAUAGCUACGGAACAGCGUAACUAUAUGGAGAUAACACCACCUUUACCCUUGGUUUUAACUUUGACGCAAACGGCUUCGUUAGCUAUAGGAAUAUUUCCCACGACAUAUUUUUAUUACAACACAAUAAAUGAUAAUGGCCAUUCAGUGGUACAGUUAUCCAAGCAUACGAUUGUUAAUACGAUAACAGGGCCUGAUGGUUACAUAAACUUUCUUCAACCAUCGGAAGAGGCUACACCUAUAUACGAAACUAAUACAUAUUACAGCAAGUUAAAAUUUACAAAUAUCCUACAAACGAAUGAUGCUGAAGAAAUGUUUGUAACCACUAACAUACUCACACAAGUUAUAGUAACAGAGUCACUGGCGCCAUGUAAUUCGCUACUGCUAAAAUACAUUGGACCUAAUUCCGCACAUAUUAAAAGCGAAUCUAAUGGGAUAUUAACAUAUAAAAAACCUGAACCUAUAAAACAUUCGAAAACAGUAUUGUAUGAAAAAAAAAGUAAAUACAAUAUACAUAUAUAUACAACGAAAACAUUUGUUACAACAUUAACUUAUUUGAAAACAACAUCAGUAAAGACGAGUGAUAACGAAAAUUAUUCCACGAUGCAUAGAAUUUCGCCGUUCAAAAAAUUAGCAACAUCGGAGAUGGUUGAACGAAUACAAAGUGCACAAAAUGAGCUACAUUCCACUGUUAGUUAUCGCACCCGUAUUAUCGAAAAUGUAAUCACAGAAACAGUACCGAGUUCGUUGUUUCACAAUGAGUUGGUUUCAAAAUUUCGUGACGUAUUGCAAACUACUAAGCCCGAACGACAUAUUUUUAUAACUACUGCUUCCUUAUUGAACGGUGAAACGUUAGAAAUAACAGCAAUGCGUAUAUUCAAACCAUCAUUAGCCACAGCGAAAGAAAAAUUAAAAAAUGGUUUAACACCAGAGGAAACAACAGUACUCAUGUCUACAAGCGUUCCUUUGCAAAAUAUACAUACGUUGAGUGAUGUGCUAAGUAAACGCACAAAGUUGAACACCACGUUAAAAAUAUCGACUACAGACACGAAAAUACAAAACACUUCUACAGGACUGUUUAAUGCAGUGCAUGCAGUAUUUGAUGAGGACACAUUAAGUGCGGACACUGAAUACAACGAAUACCAUUCAAGCAUAUCACCGCAGUUUCUUAAACCAUCUAAACCACAACAAAAUCAGACAAAACUACAUUUGGUUGAUAAUAUUAUCAUUACUACAACUACGAAAAACAAAACUCGGCUACCGGUUGCAGUCAGUCAAAUAAUUGACUCACUGAACUUACAACGUUUGAAUGCUUUACGGCCAGUUAUAAACGCUAUGGCCGGCUUGUUACAAGGUAGUUUUACUACGGCUUCAAAUCAGUUACAGCUAAUAGGUAGUUCUUCAGUUCCAUCACCGUUGUCAACUGGUACAGAAAUUGCAUCCGUUAGCAGCAGCACACAUUUAAGCAGUACGAAGCGUUAUGAUUAUCAAGAAAUAAAUGGAGGUGCAGUAAUAAAGCAGAAAAAGCCUUUAUAUAUACCAGUAAUAGAUUAUGAAAUUGUUAGUCAUAAAAAAAAAUUAUCUAAUAAUGCAGCUGUAAGCGCAGAAGGGGAUCCAUUAGCAAUGUAUAAUGCGCAAAGAUUGCAUUUACAAUCAAAUGCAGAUAUUAAAUAUCUACAAAAACAAACCCUGUCACACCAUGCAAAUAGCCGUAAAAAAUCAGAAAGUUUGAAUAUGUUAACACAAACCAAUAAUUUUAAGAUUUUGCUCAUUAAUAGCGGUAUAGCGAUUAGACCAGGAGAGGUUAUCAGAGCUAAUUCUGAUGUUAUUAUAGGUAAACCGAAUGGCAUCCAGCAUCCUCAAAGUCUUCUUGCUAGUAACUUAGCGAAAUUGGAGGAACAAAGCCAAAAUCUUAAUGUGAAACAUUUUGAUAAAAUGUAUAAGCAGCACGUUCAAGCAUUUGGUAAGCCUUUUAUGAGUAACAAUAUAAGCGCAAUACCUCUAAAACCGGAAUCACAAACCCAAAACUGGAACUCACAACGGAAGCCAAUAAUGAAGCAUAAGGAUAAUUUGUCGUCAAAAUUAACAACCCAACAGAUUAUCCGCAAUUAUUAUGCAAAUAAUUCGUUACCAGCAGAAAAUUAUCAAAAUUAUGAUUACCUGUUAACCCCACCGCCACCAGCGGUCCUUUCAAAUAUAGAAAAAUUGGAACCAAUGCCUUCAUCACAUAUAACAAAUUUUUCUGUACUAAAAAGUUUACUGCCUACAAGGCUUUUAAGUUCUGUUAACGAUUUGCACAAAUCAAAAAAACGGUAUUACGCUAUAAAUUAUAAUAUUGCUAGUACUCACACGGGCGCACAAAUAUAUGACAGGAAUUUAGCAUCUAAUAAUAAUAAUAAGUUAAUAAAGAUGCAUGACUUAAUAAUAAAUACAGCUAAAAAACUGCCAGAAGUUUUUACAUUUCAACAACAAUCGCAACAAAUAGAAAAUCAGGAAAAUGAGACCUCUUUGUCGAAAUACUCACCGUACUCCUAUUCAGCUUUAAAUGCUUCUGAUAAUGUCGUGGUGUUAACACCACAGCCGUCAAAAUCGCCGGAAGUACAUGUAGGUACGCAAGCCAAUCAUCAAAAUAUAAAUUUGCAUACACACGUUUUCAGUCAUAAUGUUAAUAUGCAUGCACUCCCUUUGACAUUUAAAAAGGAAACAGACUAUCCAAAGUAUGCAACCGCUAUACAUGGUCAGAUACCGAAAGUUGCUGAAAGUGCGGUCAGGUACACAAUGUCCCUUAUAAAAAUUCCACACAACGAAAAACAAGUGCAAGUUAAUUUAACCCCUCAAAAUAUUAUCGAACAAAUCGGUAACCCCGAUGAAUAUACAAAGACCGACAGCUCAGUUAUCGAUUCAUUUUCUCUUUACAACAGCUUACCCAGUGAUUUGACGAACUUACAGCAGCAGGAAUCUAAAGCUCAACAGCCUCUACAAACACCAUUUAACCCUAACUAUGCACAUCUUUAUAUAAUGGCAAACAAUAAUAAUAAUAUAGAUAUCCACAAUCAAAGCUCCGGCAAUGGAGAAGAUGUCAAAAAUGAAUACCAAGGUAUGUUUUUACCCGCAGCAGCCGGUUUAACGACAUCAGAUACGCUGACUCAGCAGCGGUAUCCACAGCAUGCUGGUUAUAAAGUUAAUAUGUACAACACAAAUGCAAAUGCUAAUAAGAAAUCAACCAACGUUAUAAAAAAUGUGACAAGUGUAAAUCAUGCAACUACUGGUUCUCUAAACACAGCAAGUUUAUAUUACCAAUCAAAUAACACUAUUGACGAAAUAAGUUUUUUAAAAAGUGGCAAUACUUAUGAUACAGCUGAUGAUGGGCUUCUUGUCAAGAAUAGUAAAACCAAAGCUUUCAUAUCUCACAAAAAUCGGGAUAACAGCAAAUCUAAGCCCAAAAAUAGUCACUAUGUCAUUUUGGAUGAGGAAAAUAUUGAAUUAAACGUGGAUCAACACACGGCAUCGGCAACAAAUAGUUUAUAUAACAAAAUGCGCACCGAACAACAGAAAGUUUUACAACCAUUUUUUUCACCCGUUGCUGCAAUGAAAGUCUGUAAUACACACACAACAAUUAUGGAACAGUUAAAUGGUGAUGUCACCAGAAAUUCUGGACGAAACUCUACUGUUCCUUCAAGUCGAAAAAAUACACAUCCGAUAAGCUACUAUGCAACUAAAGUUACGCAAGAGGACGUAGAAAUAUCAACAAAGUCGCCGGUAACUUCCCAAAUGAGUCUUAAUAAAAAUAAAUGCACACACAAUACACAGUUAUGGUCGCGUGGUACCCAUUUUGAUGUUGAAAGAUCGGAGAUUUUACAAAAUGCGACACAAAAACAGCAAAAAAAAGAACCAACCCACAACGAAACGCUCACAUUUAAUCAGCAUCAAGAAAAAAUAUGCGAUUUACCUUCGCCUAUUACAGCAUCAUCAACAUUAUCACUAUUUCGAAAACAACAACAGCCCGAACCUUUACCAAGUGUUAAGUUACAGACACCGGUUGAACAUCCAAGUAACACCCAGGAUUACAAGACCGUCAACUUAAAGGCAAUAUUGCAAACACUAUUACAAUCGACACCACUAGAAGCAGCACAAAUACCAUUACCAUCGCACACAAAAAAUAGAUACUUAGGGCGUACAACGGCAUUCACAAUAAAUCGGAACAUACCGAAAGAAAUACCCGUAUCGAAAAUUAAUGGCACAUUGACGAACAGCGUCGUAAGGGGAGACAUAAAUUUAAUCUCAAGUACAAAGGUGUUUCUGGGUAUAUCAACAAAUGCACUUUCAGCAAUAAAUUAUAAUGAUAAUAAACAUAUUAAGCCAACAGCAACAAUGAGAGAUACAAGCAGUAUAUCAUUACUAUGGAAUUCAUCGACUGUAUACACAGCUUUUCAAAUUCCAGGAAAGCAUGUUAAUAAUUUCACUGCAGAUUCAAAAUACACCACAGAGCUGUAUACAAAUAACAAAAGAAAGAAUACAAUGUAUGUGCAACAAUCAAGAGAGUAUGAAUUGCAACCAAAGACAGAUGUGAACAUUAUAAGCAAUCAUUAUGUAUUGGUUACUAUCAAACCUUUUCUCGAAUCUUCAGAAGCGGUAACGAUAUCCCCAAGUAGUGGAGGGUCGCUAACAGACGCCUUCACUCAUUUAAAGGCUUUACCAAAUCGUCUUCUUGGCGCGAUCGURGACAAAUCAAAUCUUACAAAUGACGAAACAAAAAGUCAAUGGCACCUAAAGUACAACAGUCGAACAAUCAUUUCUUCAGAUACCAUAUUUUACAGGAAUAUUGAGUUAUUACCAACAAAGUAUAUAACAAGAGCACAUCUGAUUACUUCUCCCAGCACAGAUAGGAGGAUACUUAAAACAACUGCGUAUGUCCAGUUACAAAAUGUUUCUUUCUUUGAAACCAAACUACAAACGAUUGAUAAUACAAUAACGCUAUCCGAAUAUCCAUUCGGAAACGUAACAGUAAAAGAGUCAGAAUCUUCAACCGAGAAAGCAAAAGAGACAACAGAGAAAAUACUAGAAACAUAUACAAACAUUUUCGCGGAGGCCACAAGGGUAACCCUUGGUAGCGUAUUGCCAAUUGCAGAGUUUGUUAUAAAUAAAGAAGAGAAGCCGGACAAAAGCUUUAACCUUGCCAAUGAUAUUAUAACAACAGAAAUUGUAGAAAAUGAUAACGCAAACCCCCAUUUUAAUGUAGGCAAUUAUAUCUUACCACAAUAUGAGCAGGAUCCCUUUACGCACGCCAUUCUAAGCCACAAACCCCAAAACAAUAAUAUAAAGCAUAAUAAUAGUUUUGAGAUAUAUGAAGACAAUUCAAAUAAAAUCAAAAUGGGUACAAAAAAUGAAGUGCAAAUUCUCAACAUUUCAAAUAUAACUGCAGAAAGUGUUUACGAUCCAAAAAACAGCAUUUUUAUUGUGAUGACAAACUCACAAAGUAAUAUUAAAGCCAAACAACCACAUGGCCUUUCAAACGUUAUUAAACCUGAUAGCGCAGAUGCCUCGUCUACUGUUUCUGGCGCCGCUGGUGAUUUUGACAAUAUUGACACAAAUACAGGCACUUUUCAAUUAGAUUAUGAUGACAGCGUAUCGGUGUUUAAUUUACCUGCACGAGAUGAAGAGUCUAUUGUGGAGCCGCAUGAUUUUCGUACAAAGAUAAAUGAAGUAUCGCUGGGGGGUGUAUUUAUAGCAUCACCAUCGAAGAAGAACGAUUUUACCGUUAUCAAUCCAAUGGAAAAUUCAACAUGCAUGCCUCCAUGCAAAAUGACAAGUAAUGAGGUGUGCACUCUGGCAGAGUUACGCUGGCUUUGUGUUUGUCGCCCAGGCUUUGCACGCAUGUUUCCCGAUCGCCCGUGUAAACCAACUUACACAUAUCAACUGAGCCUUCAUAUUGACCAUUUUGGGGAUUUUAAAUUGGUUUACGAUCACGUUUUGGCCGAUAAUUCCACUAAUGAGUAUAAGCAUCUCGCAACAGUUACGAAGGAAGCAAUUAAUCGUAUGGUAAUGCAAUCCGAUUUACGAGAUAUUUAUCAUGGUGUACAGUUGUCAACAUUUACAUCAAUAUACGACGGAAAUAUGGGCACUGGUGGCAAGACAGCCAACACAGAAUCAUCUGAUUUAUCAGCAAAUUUACUUUUACAGCUUUCAGAAAAUAGCAAUGAGGUACGUCUAAUGGCUGUAUUCAAAAAGUAUUUACGCUUUACAAACUAUAGCAUCGGUGGCACAAAACUCUUCACGGAUCGUAAUGGUGUCGAAUCUUUGGCGAUAACGGAUUUCAACGAGUGUGCGCAUGGAAAUUUUCAUGAUUGUUCUUCACACGCUCUAUGCUUUAAUCUGCAAGGCACAUAUACAUGUAGUUGCAAGGAGAAUUUCGCAGACUUAUCAGGCAACAGAAUUUAUCCGGGUCGUAUAUGUUCAGCCGAACUAGUCGGAUGCGAUCGAUGUCACUAUCACGGCAAAUGUGCCAUCAAGAAAUUCAAUCACCUAUACACUUCGGAGCAUGUAGUGUGCGAAUGCUUUGCCUGGUAUACUGGUUCAACAUGCCAACUGAAUUUAAAAAUAGUUCUUGUAGUUUUAAUAGCCGUCGGUACGCUUCUCUUUACACUCUUGAUUUUUUGCAUUCUUCUUAUGUGUACCAAACGGCAUACAUUGCGUAAAAAAUAUCCUGCUGCAUCACAAUAUAAUAGGGGUAUUCAUCGAAUAACUGGAUUACCCGAUAUUAGUCUAAUAAAUGGCAAAAGUACACAUGGUAUAAGAGGUUGUAGAUCGAAGCGCAUUAAAAUCGAUAAAUGUGCAAUAAUAAAGGAUACUAGCAGUGAAAGUAGUAAAAAUACGUUGCUAUAUGUUUUAAAGAAGGAUCCAACUGAUAUUUCUAAAAAAUCGUAUCGUCGAUCCAGAGAUCCACAUAUAAAGGCGGACAGUAGCAGUGUGAAUGUGGAGCGACAACGAUAUUCACCUUAUGGUCACGUAGCAAAACCAGAAACAGUCAAUGUUAAUGCCACCUAUAAUGAAGAAGAUACACUAAACAAACAUAAUUGUUUCACGGAUUCAACGUACAAAUCUACCAGACAUGCAGAUCAGCCAUUAACAGUAAUGAUACCACGUGCUAAAUAUCAUUCUUCCGUGUUGGUACAAACUGGAUUACUUCAUCAACAUUUAAUAAUGGAACAUACAAAAAAGCAAGAUGAACAACGACGAGUACAACAAAAGCGGUAUAAUAAAUCAGAUGGUACCACUUUAAUGACACUAAGGCGGGACAACAAUCGCAAUAAUAUG